UUCCAUUUCAGCUAGUGUCAGAUGGUCAGUGGUGCUGUGAUGAGUAAACCGUUUGCCAUGGCGGCUGCUGAUGGCUAUCGCGAACAACCUGAGCUUUUUGUUUAUUGUGUUCUCUGAAAACGUUCCUUCCUACGUGACACUGCUCUGUUUUUAACUAUCCCGUUCCAUGAGCCAAGUGCUACACCAUUUAAUUUGUCUUCAUAGGAUCGGUCUCUUCGCCUAAGAUCCUUUGAUGAGGGUGUGACUGGCAUCCAAUUAUUAAAUCUCUAUGGCGGGGUCGUGAUGUGAGGGAUGGGCUCUGAGGGGCAUGCCUGUCGCCCUCACAUUGAACUCGUUCGUCUCACAAGCUCAGAGCGCUCGAAGAUUCUCGCCUACCCUGUUCAGCUGCGGCUAGAAUACUGCCACUUCAGAAGCGCUUCGUACGCGCAACCUGAGUUUGAGCUGCCGACGCUGCCUCGACCAACGGUGCUUGUUUCUUCAGCGCCGCCUCGCUGGCUCCCUCCUUCCCUCUAUCCGGCCUGGAGGCGUUUCACUCUCACUGGUGUUAGUGGCCGUAGCAAGUCGUGCAGUCAGCUACUCAGAGGUGAAGUGAUUGGACGACCAUCGGUGAGUCGGUCUGAAGGUUGCCUUCUCGCUCUGCUCGUUUCGAGAUCAUCGAACUGCGCACACCCUAUCCAUUCCGCAACCGCACACCCCCUCCGUUCCUCCACUGCACUUCACGCCUCCACCAAAGACGUCAGUUACAGUCGCAUUUUUUCCCUCACGCGACCUUGCCGAAGUCUAGCCAGCAUGUCGACUUCAUCGAGACCUGACCACGUCACCAAGGCCAGUACUCUGCCCCAGACUGCAAGACCCCCGACACGAAAACCCCGAGGCCUCAGAGCUUUCUGGCGGAGGAUAAGCCAUUCUCCCAAGCCAGAAGAGAAGCCAUCUCGAGAGGUUCCAAACUUGCAAUCCACAGUAUCGGCUCAGAGUCUGGAUGUUGUCUUGCGUGUCCCUCGUUCUGAAGGCGAGUCAACGAGCCCCAGGGCCAAAAAAGGUGCACGGGAAACCCCUGAGAAGAGAAAAAGCAACAUAGGGGCCUUUUUCUCUGCUCUAACUCAAUGUAAAUCUGGAGAAUGUUCGACCAAAAGGAGAAGAACUUCCAAAAUAUUGUCGUCGCAAGAUUCUGACUCAUUGGUCACCACACCUUGUAGUCAUGGCAACGGAGAGUUGAGGCCCGAAAAGUACGAUGUGCCUGCUACCAUCGUGCCCACUAUCACUUCGCAGGAUAUCCAGUGCAUCACUUCAUCAACCCGAGCAACAGUCCAGGAACUCUACGUGUCUGGAGUUGCGUCUCGGAGCUCUGCAUCUGUCGCCUCGUCUCAGUUUGGUGUGAUGAGCACCAAGACUGAAGUUGCUUCUGCACUUCACAGCAAUUCCUUGGUCUUGAACUCAACUGAGGAGCCACAACGCAUCUUCUUAGCUGCACACAACUCCAACGCAGGGAGCAGCAUGCCUGUUGGGACAGGCAACUACAGAACCGACUGUCGUGGUGCAGUCACGUCCCCCACCAGUACUGAUUCAUUGAAUAGUCCAGUCGACAGCGGCGAACACGGCAAGCGUGAGAAAAACCUCUGGUGCGUGAGCCGUGCGCCUCCAUCGUACCUGGCCAUAGCGUGCGCUGUCAGCGGCUACAGUAACAUCAACAGAUACGACAGCGCCGUGCGUGAAGGCUUCAGGUCUCGGGACGCUAGUCCUGCUGCCCCCAGACUCGCCUUUGCCAGGAGUCGCGACUCUAGCCCCCUCAGAGAGCGACUCAAGUCUCCUGAAUUUAAGUGCACACCCCAGGAGACAGCAGUGCGUAUCAGUGAACUGAAGGCUCAGCUUGCACGCUGUGCUCAGGAACUAGGAGGUGACCUCGACUACCGCAGUCGCCAGAACUCCAUCAGGAGGCGCGAUAAGAAGCCUCCCACCGGCCGCAGUGUGAGCGUCGACAGAGGCUACCUCACCAAAGCCAGCGAAAUCAACACCGGUGCUAGUCAAAGGCAAAAUCCUGCUAGAAAAUCCCUUCUGUGUCCAGAGUACAGUCAAAAUUCUUCUAGGUCUACUGCUGAUGAGCGGCGUAACUACUUCAGUUGUGCAAGUAUGACGUCUAAUGAAGUGCCUGUUAGACUUACCGAUACGCAUUCCAGUAUUAAUGAUUUGAUAAACUCUCCUUUAUCUGUACAUCAUCCAAGUGAUCUAGAUAAUCGUAUAGAAAGUACCAAGUCAUUCAUCAAAGAACGAAUAGAAAGGCUCUAUGGUCCCGGAGCUUUAGCUGUUGGUUUCUCCCGUCGAAGUGAAGCAGUUAACCGAACCAUGGGUAAUAGCAUUAAACGAACUCCUGACACGCGCUGUCAAGGACGUAUUAUCCCAAUAAAACUUGAAUAUGACGACCAAGUAGACAAUAGUGUGUCCUCCAAGGAACCUGGUCGAGGAAUGCCCAGCGUUUUCCGACACCUUAGACCCGAGUUCAGGUAUCAGCUCCCUGUCAAAUCAUCGGUCGCCUCAAGCAACUCAUCUUCCGGCAACAAUUCUGAUAAAUUUUCCACAAACAAUGCACCAAAUAUUAGAGAAAUACCUGUUGAAAUUGAGACCAGCAAAGCUUCUAAUGGUACUGCAAAGCCUUAUUCCAUGUUGUCUUGUCAAGAAGAUUCUAGAACUCAUUCCAACCUUUCACCUGCGAAAGAAAAUUCUUGUGAUGUUGGUGUCACUAAGAAGACUGAUGUGGAAGCAAGUGUGAUACUGAAUAAUAGUAACCAUUCCUCUAACAAUUCAUCUGAAAUAAGGAGUGACAGCUCCACAAAUGUCCCUCACAACGGGUGUGGUACGUCGUCAUUACGCAGUGCGAUGGUGGUUGAGACCUCUCAAUCUGAAGCUACCGUUCCUGCUGCAAAUGACGAGAAAGUAAUCAAGGAUGGACAUUACUUCCUGAAGAUCGUGGCACAGGAAGUGUCAGAGCUGGAAGCUGGAGUAGAACAGCUGGAUAAGGACCUGGAGGCGCAUGGAUCCAUCAUGACAGAGGAGGUGCGGGGCAAGCUUCUGGCCGCCUCAGGCAAGACCAAGCUCCUUAUCUCACAGAAGAUCAAGCAGUUCAAAGGACUCUGCCAGAAGAAUAUUGCCGGCCAGCAAGAGGGCGAGCAAUUCCCAACGACAUGCGAAGACCUGGCCGGCUUUUGGGACAUGGUGAGCCUGCAGGUGGAGGACGUACGAGCCAUGCAUAGCGCCCUUGCUCAGCUCAGAACAAACGGCUGGAAGGAGGUUACAACCGAGUUGGAUCAAAGCAGUAGUGGCCCUUCAGCUUUGGGAGGGAAAAGUCGUCCCGCUCGUCGCAUGAAGGCGGCGCCCCCAGCCGCAAUGUCUGAGGCCGCCAAAGCAAAAGAAGAUGCUAGGAAGAAGGCUGCUGAGGAGCGAAGAAAGGCAAUGCGUGAAGCCAUGAAGGCCAAACUUGCUGCUGCCCAAAACACAGAAGAUAAUGUUGAAAUUUUCGUCCCCGAAAAUUAAUCUUUAACAAACCAAGCUGUAAUCCGUUGAAAACUCUUCAUUCUGCUUGUUAAUUAUUAUUAUGGUCUUUAAUUCAUUGUGUUGAUGUUGCCUAAUGCAAGCGGUUAGUGAUGACGUUACGAAGCAAAGAUUUUUAAUUCAUUCGUGAAACACGUCAGCUGAGCGUCACGCUUGGUGCCGUUGUGAUUUUUGCUCAGCGUUGUGCUGCUGAUGCUGUGAUAAUUUAUCAGGUUCUCAAUUGCUCAUUAGGUCUACUCCAUUCUUGACUCGUUGAAUUGAAUGCAAUACGGCUUGAGCUAGCGAGAUUAGGUGCGAUCUUAUUAAACUGCUUUGUGUAAAUAUCAAUACCAACAGCUGAAAUGCAUGUUUGUCACCGAUGAAUGUUGCGUGCAGGAAAUCACUACUGAUGGCUUCUAUUGGGUAUUGAGAGGUGAGCUCACAAUUACUAUGGAAUAAGUCAGAUAAAAACUAUCUCGAAGAGUCCCUUGCACUAAACUCGACUUAUCAGUUUCAUUGUACUUGACUCGGAUGUCUUGAAGCUACUUUCCAAAUAUCAGUUGCUGGUAGUGAAUUCUGUACAGUAAUUUGCAAGCAGCUAUCCUGGAAUUUUUGGGACAGGCUCCCUUGAAGCUACAUGAAAACGGCCGUGAGAACAUUUUAUCGGUUACCCCGUAUUUUUAAUCCUAUUUAUGAUAGUAAACAUUGUUUCAGCCUCUUUGGGUGUUCAUUUAGACCCGGUGACACUGCGAAAAAGCUUCUCUCUCGAGUGCUUCUGUUGUUUUUUGGUUGUGUCGCUAUGCCAUUUUAAAUAAAUUCUUAUGAAUUCUGAAAGCAUUUUUAGUUGCUGUCGCACUGUUCGAUUGUAGGCACGAUCCUGGUUACGGAUGGACCACCUUUUUGUGCAGCGCCGUUUCAUGAAUUGGUGUUUAGCUCGUCUGCCGCUCAGUUUUGUGGCACAAGAACAAAUGUGGUAUUAAAUUUCGUUUUCAGUUAUUUACUCUUUUCCCUUCUUUUCGAGCUGUGUAGGAUUCGAACAGUAUGAUUUUUAAAACCUUGUGGGAUGCCGGAGUAAAUAACAAUUGAAAUCGAUGAAGCUUUCGCAUGAAAAUAUGUUGUGUACUCCUGAAAAGUAUUACUUAUAGUAUAUAAUUUGUGAGUAAAUAGCGUGUUAUAAGCCAAAAACUAUUUUUCUUAAGUAAUCAGAAGUAGAUUUAGUUUACGAUUAAUAUUUAUUAAAGCUAUGUAGGAGGACCUCCAUAGUUUCAGGCAUUCCAUAGAAACAUUAUAUUUCAAUCCCGACUAAAUAUUGAGACUAUUUUACUUCGGAAUAUAAUCUCAGCUCGCAUAAUUUUACAACUUCGGUUCUAAUCCAUUGUGUAGAUCAACGUGGAUAGUUACUGAAACGACGAUUACGAAAGGUCACGAAGAUGCACGCGAUUCGGCUGUGCUUCCUCUAUGAAAACGAUUACAUAUAAACAUUCAAAUGAAAUUUUGUCUAUGCUCCGCUUUUGCUGCGUUAUGUACGAUUCAUAACUCCCGCAAAACUUUGAAAAAUUUUUAAUUUAUAAAUUAUGAAAGUGUAAACUCU